AUGUUCAUGUCCAUGCAGUCUCUUAGCUUCCUCCUCAUACUUCUUCUUGCAGCGCCCGCCAGAGGAGUUGACCUCCUCUUCUUCUCCAACGACGAUGUCUGCGAUACAAGCAGAGACGCCUACGUGGCCUGCACUGGCAUCACUCAAAACACAUGCUGUGCCUCCUACAAGCCCUACUGCGAAACCUUUAUCCUCGAACAGAUCGGCGGUGACUUUAACCAUUACGCCAUGGGCGAAGGCUCAUGCCUCAGAAACGGCAGCUACACUUGGGCCAAAGACGAAAGUGGACUGCGCUAUUGCAUCGGCCUUCCGCAAGACGUCACGAGUGAAAUGUGCUCCUCGUACUGGGAGCCACUGCAGGGGAAAGAAGCUUUGGAAGCAGCAGGAGACAUUAUAAAUUGUCGGGAGCCGGAUAAGAUGGGCUAUCAUGACGGAGAGAGAAUGAGAGAGAUCCACUUGCCAGACGGCACAUUUUGGGACGCAAUCAAGCACCAUCAGGACAAGAAUUACAAAGCGUUGUUGGCUUAUCCAGCAUGGAACCGCUCGACCGUCAAACGGCGCAAUUAG